AGUCCCCCUCGGAUUCGAUGAUGCUCAAAUACUACAAUACGUUGGCAAGAAUUAUAUUUUUGACUAUGCUCAUAUCGGAGAGGCUAUAAGGUUUUUCCAGGACGGACGCAGACCAAAGACGGAAGUCGAUGAGUUGCUGCUCGCGAAGCCGGAAGGAUAUGAAGAAACAGAUGAUUUUAGCAAGUUUGAAAAAAAGUUUGGAUUUUUGCCGGCCAUUCUCAAAGAUCAUUUUCCGUACAG